AAGUCGACCGGAAGCGCGCCGCGACAUCUGCUCCGACAAUAACAGGAAACGACGACGGUGGCCGUUUAAAAUUUAACGUUCUUUUUAAAUCCUUGCGUCCAUUUAAACGUCCAUGCUGACUCGCUCGCUGACGGCUUUGCUUGGCUUCGCUCUUUGCACGCGCGGUGCUUGGACGGUUGAUUGACAUUGUGUCCCGGCCAUCGACGAGAGCUGAGCUCCGGACGAAGUGCCGGUUGUAGCUCAGCGUGUCUCUCGUUGUGACGACUCGACUACUUUAGUCGCUCGCCUCGAGCGUCGUUCUCUAUUUACUUUAGAACUUUUUCAGCAGCCGCUCGUUCGUUCCAGAGCACGCUCGUUAUGUCGCAUCUGAGAUUUAUGAAGGAGCUCGAUAACCUGACUCGCAUGGACGACGCUAUCAAAGGCGCGGUCCCGCGAUGGCAGAAGAAAUGUAUGGAGGCAUCGAAUUUAAGCUCUAAUCUUAGUUUAAACUCAUCCAAGAAAAUUACCUCCCUUACAAAUGGUAGUAGCCUUUCUGGAAAAACUCCAACGAAAAGAAACGAAAAUUGCAAGACCAAGAAAACCCCCUCUAAAUGUACCAAGAAGUCUCCAAGUCGAGCCACUACUCCUGCCAAGACACCCAGUGGUGACAGAUUUAUUCCAUCAAGAGCCACAACUAACUUUGAAUUGAGUCACUUCAAGAUUAUUCAACAACAAAACGCUGAACAGGAUAGAGACAGAUCUGACAAAACGAGCCCUAUGAAGCGAGAGAUGCAGCGUCUCAUAGGAGAGAAUCUUCACGGUGGCGAUAUAAAUAAUACGCGGGUUCUGUCAUAUCAGAUCAAAGCACCAGCGCCACCGGAGGGAUAUCAGAAUCCUCUUAAGGUUUUAUACAGUCAAGCUAAAACACCAGCCAGCGUCAGAGCUUCCACUAGAUACAUACCGCAAGCCCCCGAUAGAAUACUGGACGCGCCUGAGAUCAUUGACGAUUAUUAUCUAAACUUAGUGGAUUGGUCAAACAAUAAUAUCCUGGCUGUCGCGCUUGGUCCUAACGUUUACCUGUGGAAUGCCGGUACUGGUACUAUAGAACAAUUAUUCGAACUGGAAGCGAACGAUUAUGUGUGUUCCGUCGCGUGGAUUCAGGAAGGCCCGUAUUUAGCAGUGGGCACCACAGUAGGUAAUACUGAGUUGUGGGAUUGCAGCCAAAUGAAGAGAAUGCGCAUAAUGAAUGGACAUGCAGCUAGAGUUGGUUCUCUCGCCUGGAAUUCUCAUGUAUUGUCAAGUGGCUGCAGGUCUGGUAAAAUAGUGCAUCACGACGUCCGGGAACGAGAUCAUUUGAUCUCGACUAUAAACGCACACACUCAAGAGGUGUGUGGCUUGAAAUGGUCCCCCGAUGGACAGUAUCUGGCGAGCGGCGGCAACGACAACAUGCUGCAAAUCUGGUCGUCAAUCGCUGGGCAGAGGCACUCUCAGACGCAAUCUCUUUAUUCGUUCAAUCAGCAUCAAGCUGCCGUAAAAGCGCUUGCUUGGUGCCCUUGGCAAAACAACAUACUUGCGAGCGGUGGCGGUACCGCCGAUCGGACCAUCAGGUUUUGGAAUUGCAACACAGGUGCCUGUUUGAAUACAAUAGAUACAAAAUCUCAGGUUUGCGCUUUGCUAUGGUCUACGAACUACAAAGAAAUCGUUUCUGGACAUGGAUAUGCACAAAAUCAGUUGACAAUCUGGAAAUACCCGAUGAUGACAAAACUUGCAGAACUUACUGGGCACACCAGUCGCGUUUUGCAUUUAGCUAUGUCACCGGACGGAACCACGGUUCUUAGCGCUGGUGCUGAUGAAACGCUAAGGCUUUGGAAGUGCUUUCAACUGGAUCCACAAAAAAAGAAAGAAUCUAACGACGUAAAGUCAGUCGCAUCCAGACUUAAACAAUCGAUUCGAUAAAAUCUAUAUUUAAUGCAUGUUGUUUAGCAAUCAUUUCAGUAUUUAUUUUCCUAACCGGUUGUACGUGAUCGGUAUAUAAUGAUAUAAAUAAAAAUAAUAUUAAUAUGACACAUGGUCGAACAUUGUCGAUCAUUGUAGAAAUAUUGACGUAUCAAAUCGAUUGAUUUAUAUUAUGCAAAACAAAAAAUACAAAAAUAAAUAUUUGAUCGCAAAUAUAGGGGUGCAUUUGGGAUGCGUGUAUAACUGAUGGAACAAGUAGAUAUAAGUAGAUAUAUUAUUGUUAAGCAAUCUAAAGUACAAACAGAUUUGCAUUAAUGCAUUACAUCUCUAAUUUUUACACAAAAAUUUUAUACACGGAAUGAUUAUUCCUAGAGUAAUUGUAAAUGUAUGGAAUAAAUAAAUUUUUUUAUAGUAACUUUAAAA